UUCAGCCUGCUUGUAGGUGGGAGACUUUGUCGUCGCACUCCACUUGUCUAGAGGUGGGGGUGCCGGCGGCGCCGGCGAGGCGUCCUGGCCCCCGCCCCGGCCCCGCCAUCUCACCUUGGGAGAAGUUACCAGAAAGGAAUGAGAUGGAGGAGGAGCACAGCGGCGGGGUGCGGCGGAGGUGGCUCGUCGACGUCGCCCGCUGGAGCCCCUCCCCGACGCAGUUCCAAGCCGCGGCUGCCCUCCUGCCGCCGCACCACCGCCAUGCCAUCGCCAGGUUUGUCAAGGAGGAAGACAGGAAACGAGCGCUCCUCAGCCGGCUGCUCCAGUACUCGCUUGUGCACCGUGUUCUUGGCAUCCCAUUCCACCAAAUUCACAUAUACCGAACAACUGAAGGGAAGCCGUAUCUGGAGAAUGGCCCUCCGGCCUUCAAAAACUUCAAUUUCAACACGUCGCAUCAGGGUGACUACGUCGGCAUAGCAUCAGAGCUGCUUUGCCUUGUUGGCCUUGAUAUUGUGUGUAUCUCUAAGCCUCAGGGAGAAACCACCGUGGAAUUCCUUAAGAACUUCUCUUCGUACCUCACUGGCCAUGAGUGGAACUGCAUUGGUCGCGCUGCCGGCUCCAUUGAGAUGUUAACAGAGUUCUACAGGUACUGGUGUCUCAAAGAAGCAUUUGUUAAAGCUGUAGGCGCUGGUGUUGGAUUUGGGCUGCAUCGCUUGGAAUUCCACCAUGUUGAAUGGAGUAACAUCUCUGUCUACAUUGACGGGAUAGAGUCUAGGAAAUGGAGGUUCUGCCUUUUCAAGCUUGAUGAAAUGCAUUUGGCGUCCAUAGCGAAAGGGCAUCCGGAGGAUGCUAUACACAGCUUCAAGACAACGUUGUCUAAUGUGGUUGUUGAGGAAGAAGAAUUUUAUGCUGCACUAGAGAUCCCAGAAGAAACUUUCACGCUACAGACAGUGGAGCAACUUACACAAUUAUAAUCUUAGCUGGCUAGCUUUCCUAUAUAGUGCAGUAACAUACGAGUGCAGGAUCACAUCAAGAGAUGAAACGCCUCAGGCUUAUUAAUUCCCAGUUGCGUACUACUGCAGGAAUGAAUCAAGAGAUGACAUAUAUACAUGAAGGUGUCAAAUAAGUGGAUUACAUCGAAGAGAUAAAAAAAAAUCCUUCAAACUAGAAAGAUCGAUGUAUGCCUGCUAAAUGUAAGCCAAUUUUUAUUCAGAACAAGGUUGCAUGAUUUAUGCUCAGAGCUUUUGCGCAGGAUGAUCUAUUAGGAUUUUUUUUCCAAUUUAUGGCAAAAGGAGAUCACAAUUUUGGAAGGGUUUACAUGCUAUGAUAAUCUUGUUUACGAUGGGAGCUGCAUAUACUGUACGCAAGUUGCCCCAUGAGGAAUUUUAGCUAGGUGUCUCUAGUCAGUUCUCAACAUAAGCACUGUAUAUAGCUAUCUUAUUUGGAGUUUCAGAGGCCUCUCAAGGUUGAAACAUUCUGUAUGGCUGCUUCCAGGUGAUAGGAUACAGUCACCUGAGCUCUGAGGCCUGGAAGAUUACUCUGUAAAUUAUGUAGAGAUGUUGAAUCAUCAGAAGAAUAGAAAAUGUUUUAGUUGCCUUUUGGUCAAAUUUCAUUGGUGUGUGUAUAGAGAUUGAAAA